AUGGCCCUGAAGAAGAAACUUAAUUUUUUAUGGAUAUUAGCGCUAUAUUUGAUAGCCAUCAGACUGCCCAAGGCAUUCAGCAAUGAUCCUGCUCCUGCUCCUGUUCGGGUGCCAAGUAUCUUGGAUCCGAAGUUUAGAAAUGCGUUCCUGGACAUCCACAAUGACCUGCGAAGCAAGGUCCAGCCCCCAGCAGCCGAUAUGAAUGAAAUGUAUUGGGACCAGCGACUGGCAAAAAUAGCAAAACUAUGGUCUAGAGAGUGCAAAUUUUCCCAUAAUCCCUGUACCUCAAAGAGAUAUGGGUGUCUUCUGGACUAUGACUUUAUUGGAGAAAAUAUAUACUUGGGUGAAAUAGACACCCAACCAGAAGAUGUUGUUACUAAUUGGCAUAAUGAAAGUAGAGAUUAUAAUUUUGAUGAUGAUACCUGUUCUAAAAUAUGUGCCAAUUAUACACAGAGGAAAUUUUGCAGGCCGCAGACCUUACAUAAACGGAGAGCCCUGCUCUAUGUGCAGACUAAGGAAAUGUGA